ACAUCUAACUGACUCUUGUGUGUCGCUAAGGAUAAACUCGAUAAACCCAUUACGGGAUGACCUUAGCUUUCUGCUUUCCGAUUGUUUGAUCUGUCAAAUCUGUCAACACCCCUUUAAUAUCAAACAAGUUGCCUGAAUUGUCAAUUGUGUGGAUCGCGUUCAAUUCUAUCCAACAGAGAUGAUAUCAGAAAGAGAUUAUGCUCCAUUGAGUGCGGCCUGUAUUAAAUCAUUAAACGACAAAAUGUAUGAAAAAAGAAAAGCUGCUGCUGUCGAGAUAGAGAAAAUGGUCAUGGAAUUUGCAGAAAGUAAUAACACUGCUUUGAUCAAAAGACUUCUCAAAAUACUGGGCCAAGAUUUUGCUACCUCACAGAAUCCGCACGGCCGUAAAGGAGGACUCCUAGGAUUAGCUGCGAUAGCUGUGGGAUUAGGAAAAGACACCGGACAAUAUACAGAGGAACUUAUUUACCCUAUCCUUGCAUGUUUUUCCGAUGCUGAUCACAGAGUCAGAUAUUCUGCUUGUGAAAGUUUAUACAAUGUUGUAAAAGUUGCUAGAGCUUCAGUUCUUCCUCAAUUCACAGACAUAUUCAGCGCCCUGAGUAAACUUGCGUGUGAUUCCGAACAAACUGUCAAAAAUGCUACAGAACUUCUAGAUAGACUAAUGAAGGAUAUUGUCACUGAAAGUGGAAUGUUUGAUCUGGUAGGAUUCAUACCGCUUCUCAGAGAGCGUAUUUAUACAAAAAAUCCAUUUGGCAAACAAUUUGUCAUUGCAUGGGUAUCAGUUUUGGACUCUGUUCCCGAAAUAGACUUCAUUAUAUUUUUACCUGAGAUACUAGAUGGAUUAUUCCGAAUCUUAGAGGAUCAGACACUAGAGAUUAAAAAGAUAACUGACACUGUACUCGGGGAGUUCCUUCGAAGUAUAAAGGCAAAUCCAGAUAGGGUUGAUUUCCCUGCAAUGAUCAAUAUCCUAAUCACCCAUGCACAAAGCACUGACGAACUACUCCAGCUCACUGCCAUUACGUGGAUCAAAGAAUUUGUACAAUUGUCAGGGCCUGAAAUGCUUCCAUAUAUGUCUGGAAUUUUCACUGCAGUUUUACCUUGUCUAGCAUACGAUGGAGAAAGUCGAAGAAAUAUCAAGGAGGCUGCAACCAAAGUAAAUAGCAGUCUAAUGAAACUUAUCACAAUGAAAAAUACUGAUAGUAUUUCAAAAUCAGAUUCUGCAGAAGAGUCAACUGCUAUGGCAAAGAAUACAGAACUUGGCCAUCCACUGACUGAAAAUUUGGAUUUGCCUAGUGUCGUUGAGGUCCUUAUCAAGCACUUGUUGCAUACUUCGGUGCAGACAAAAGUAGCUGUGUUGAUAUGGAGUCAUCAUUUAUUUACAAACAUUCCAGAAAGAAUGUUCAACCAUGUUGAAGAUUUUUUCCCAGUUUUAAUGCGCACCCUUAGUGAUAGUUCUGACGAUGUGGUUCAGCAGGAUUUAGUUGUUUUGGCAGAGAUUAUAAGUUCUAAAUCUUCUGACGAUAUGAUAAAUCGUAACAAAUAUUAUAAAAAAUUUAUCAUCAGUUUACUCAGACUAUUUGCAACUGACAGACACUUGUUGGAAGAACGAGGGAACUUUAUCAUCAGAGAAUUAUGUGUAUUGCUCAGUGCUGAAGAAAUUUAUAAAACAUUAGCUAUCAUCCUAUCUGAAGAACAAAAUUUAAGAUUCGCCAGCAUAAUGAUACAGGCCCUGAAUGUAAUUCUGCUCACUAGUUCGGAACUAUUUGAUUUGCGUAACAAAUUAAAAGAUUUGGACAGUGAGGAAAGUUGCGAUCUUUUUGUUUGUCUAUAUGAAUCAUGGAGUCACAACCCAGUUGCCACCGUUGCUUUGUGUUUUUUAACACAGAAUUACGGUCACGUGUGCGAUCUCAUAAGGUCAUUUGGAAACAUAGAAGUAACUGUCGAAUUCUUGACGGAAAUUGAUAAGCUGGUACAGCUUAUUGAAUCUCCAAUAUUCACUUAUCUGAGACUAGAGUUGCUGGAAGUUGGGAGAAACCAAGCUUUGAUACGUGCGUUGUAUGGGCUGCUCAUGAUUUUACCGCAAAGCGAGGCAUUUGCUACGUUACAUCGUCGACUAGCAGCUAUUCCCCCAAAAGAAACGCUGAUUGAAGAUUCAGUACUGAACGCAAGGUCAGAAGCAGCUCAAAAGAUUGAUUUUCAAAAACUCUUGAAACAUUUUGUAGCUGUACAAGAAACACACAAAAACGAAAAACUCAAGCAAAGACAGACUGCACUCAUCGAAAGGGAUGUUAGUCAUCUAGAUAUUUGACUGUCAAAUUUUCAAUGUAUUAAUUGAAUAUAAAACUAAUUAAUUAUUUAGUAUAUAAGUAAAUUAAAGACCAUAAUUAACGCGCCAUUGACACUUGUAUGAGAAAAUGUGUCAGCCUUGUUUGAUUUGAACCAAGUACCAAAUACCAUUGGUUUUCUCAUAUACGAAGUAAAAGUGUGUUGUCAUUAUAUAUUUAUUUAUGUGAAUAAUAAAAAGUCAUAUAUUAUACUAAA